GGAUCGUCGUGCUGCAAAAGAUCGUGCUCGCACCAAGGCAGCAUGCGCGGUUGGCAAGCAAAGACCGAUGUACAUGAUGGAUAUGCAGGUUCUCUGGCGGACUGGCCUUUUACCCGAAGCAGCCUGCACAUCCCAUCUGCUGCGAUCGGCUCAAUUGCCCCCGAGAUAUGCUGCCCCAUGGGGCCCCGCGUCACAUCAAAGGAUGGAAGGCUGAUUACUAUAUAAGGUGAGCGAGAUUGUUGCCUUGUCUGGCCUAUCUCGAGUAACAGUCAACCGCAGGCCCAACACUGCCAACAUGAUACGCCUUCACAACCUCAACGCUCUGUCUCUCGCGGGAGCUGUGGCCAGCAGCUUGAUGGCACAUGCUGCCGCGAAGCUGGUGACGGGCGGGAACUCGACUCAUGUGACGGUCGCCAACGACCACCUUGCCAUCGCGCUGGCCAAGUCGAAUGGGCACAUUGUUGACCUGGCCCUCGACGGACAGGAUCUGCUCGGACCGCUCAGUGGAAAUUCGGGCAAGGGUCCCUACCUGGACUGCUCGUGCACACCCGAGGGCUUCUGGCAGCCUGGAGGCGAUCUGCAGCUAAUCGAGGGCACCGACGGCACCGGGACGGACUAUGUCGGCCUCAUCAUGGAGGACACAUAUGACUCGACCAACCAGACGCUCUCCCAGUACUUCUUCCUCCGGGAUGGCGAGACGGGGCUACAUGCGUUCUCUCGCGUCACGUACUGGAAUGAGAGCAGACCCUUCCUGAGGGGACUAGGCGAGCUGCGCACACUGUUCCGGCCCAACACGCUGUUGUGGACGCACUUUUCGACGAGUGACGGCAAUUAUGGUCCGCUGCCGGGCAAGGAGGCGUUUGCCGAGGCCGUCACCGUCCAGGACGCGACGACAUACCUCGGAAACACGCCCGAUGACGGCUACGUUGCGCAGUACGCGGACUAUUUUACAAAGUACAGCUUGAGCGAGGUGUGGCGCAACCACGACGUCCACGGGCAGUUCGCCGACGGCAGCACGUCGCCGGACGGGGACACGUACGGGGCGUGGCUCGUGCAGAACACAAUGGAGACGUACUACGGCGGUCCACUGCACUCUGAUCUUGUCGUGGAUGGGAUUGUGUACAACUACAUGGUCUCUGGACACCACGGCGCACCCACGCCCAACAUCACGCACGGAUUUGACAGGACGUUUGGACCGCAGUACUACCACUUUAACAAGGGAGGGCCAGACGCCACGCUGCAGGAGCUCAGGGCGGAUGCUGCUCAGUAUGCGGACGUCGAGUGGAACGCUGACUUUUACGAUGAGAUUGCGCCGUAUGUGCCCAACUAUGUUCCCUCAGCGAGACGCACCACGUUCGAGGGCAGGGUGGACCUCCCCGAGGGCGCGAAGCGACCCAUUAUCGUCCUGUGCGAGAACAAGGAGGAUUUUCAGCUCAACGUGUUUGAGCACACGUCCCUGCAGUACUGGGCGGAGAUUGACGAGACGGGCGUGUUCAGCAUCCCGCGUGUCGCAGAGGGCACAUACCGCGUGACGGUCUACGCGGACGAGAUCUUUGGCUGGUUCAUCGAGGACGACGUCAAGAUUGGGCGGUGCACGCGCAAGCGUGACUUUGCCUGGACCGAGGAGUCGGCGGGCACAGAGCUCUGGCGGAUCGGCGUGCCGGACAAGUCAGCAGGCGAGUACCGCCACGGCUACACGCCUCUCGAGUCCAAGCCACUGCACCCAGAGGAGUACCGAAUCUACUGGGCGCAGUACCAGUUCCCAGACGAGUUCCCGGACGGCGUGCACUUUCACGUGGGCGAGAGCCGGGAGGAUCUGGACUUGAACUACAUCCACUGGGCGUGGUGGCCGUCCAAGGGCAACUACCUGCGGGACACGCCCGUAUACGACAAUGUGAACAACUGGACGGUGACGUUUGACCUCGCGGCGGCGCAGCUGGAGGACCGGGCGACAGCGACGUUUACGGUGCAGGUGGCGGGGACCAAGACGGCCAACGGCAACGACAAGUGGAAGCAGUCCGACGACCCUUUUGCCAACCUGCCGUGGACGGUGGGCGUCAACGGGGGCGCGUACGAGGCGACGUGGACGAUCCCGUACUGGCGCAGCGGGUCGUGCGGCGUGCGGAGCGCGGUGGCGUGCCAGAAUGUCGAGCACAAGUUUGUGUUCCCAGCGGCGACGCUGCGCGCGGGCCGGAAUGAGUUUGUGCUGAGUCUGCCGUAUAAUGCGAGCAGUGUCGAGACGGCGCUGUUGCCGGACGCGCUGUAUGUGCAGUACGAUGCGUUUAGGCUGGAGGUGGAGUAGUGUAUAUAUGGUGAGGUAUAGAUAUGGAAAUGCUUGUGCUUCAUCCUGUGGUAUCACGCUUCUGUCGCUGGGUGAUGAUUGCCAGGACUUGAAAUUUCGCGAUUUGAUCUGAACGCUGCUACAGCGUGAAAGCCACCAACUACGUACUUCUAUGAAGCGUCGUUUAGUCAUUGUCCGUGGGUUGUUGCCAGAUAUCUGAGACAUCCGCCCUACUGCGUGUGCUCGCCAUCCAAGACAGCCAUGCAAGGACAGCGCGCUCAUGCACCGAAUGAGUGGAUGACAGCCGUCGCUGCAAGUCAAUGCUGGUCUGAGAAGUCGAGUAUUA